AUGUCCAACGUCUUCGACGCCGCUUCCCGCGGACCGGCAAGGUCCAAGGCGGCCCCCGUGUCCGUCGACGUCAGGCUGGACCAGCACUUCACAGCGCGGGUGUACACGUCCGGUUCGACGGUGCGCGGCAGCGUCAGCAUCGUGUGCCAGCGUGACACGCCCUUCGAGAGCGUGGACGUGGUCCUGAUCGGCACCACCGCCACCCGCCUCGACUUCGUGCAGUCGUACACGUCGAGCGCGGUGCGCAACUUCAUCAAGAUGCGCAUGCCCAUCGCCGCCGACGCCCUCCCCCGCCACCGCACGCUCGAGGCGGGCAGGACGUACGCCGUCCCCUUCGACUUCGUCGUCCCCCACCAGCUGACCGUCAACGCCUGCGACCACGGCUGCACCGCCCCGGCCGUCCAGGACCAGCACCUCCGCCUCCCGCCCACGCUGGGCUACUGGGACGGCGACGACCAGGCCCCCAACGUGACGCACGUCGAGUACGCCGUGCGCGCCCGCCUCUUCGGCGCAGCCUCCCGGACCACCACCACCACUGCCGCCGCCGCCGCCAUCGAGACUCCCCUGCUGGCCGAGGCCAAGAAGAUCAUCAAGGUCCUGCCCGCCAGCCCGGAGGAGCCCCCGCUGGCCGUCACCCGCCACGACGAGCGCUACUGCCUCGUCAAGACGAAGCCCAUCCGCAAGAACCUCGUCGGUCCCAAGGCGGGCGAGCUCACCGUCGAGGCUGCCCAGCCGCGCGCCCUGAUGAUCCACCCCGACGGCUUCGGCGCCAACCCCACAGAGGCCACCGUCCGCCUGCGCUGGACCGCCUCCGCCUCCGCCGCCGACGCCGACGCCCCUCCACCCCCAAAGAUCCACUCGGUCGCCUCCAAGCUCGUGUCGACCACCUUCUUCGGCUCCGCCCCCUCAUCUGUGCUGCCAAACCUGGGGCCGAAGACCACCUACACCCACAACCAGAUCCUCUCCUACUCGGUCACCACCAACCUGGCCACCACCCGCCCGGACAGGCUGGCCUGGUCCGUCGAGCAGUCCCGUCGCGACUCGGGCUACAUGAGCGGGUCCUCCCCCGACGCCGCCGCCGCCUCCGCCGCCGCCGCCACCACCGCCACCAAGAUGAAGGGCAGCAGCAGCAGCAGCAGCCGCAGCAGAAGCUACUCUGCGAGCAUCGACAUCCCCGUCUCCGUACCCAUCUCCAACAAGAAGGCCUUCGUACCCACAUUCUACAACUGCCUCAUCUCCCGCACCUACACGCUCCAGCUCGUCCUGUCCGUCGGCCCCGCGAAUACGACCCUGACACUCAACGUGCCGCUGCAGCUCGGCGUCGAGAGCCGCGUUGGCGACCCAGCCGGCGGCCCCGAUGCCCUCCCCAGCUUCGAGUCUGCCGUGGCCCAGGAUGAGGAGGCAGAGGCCGACGAGUACCUCCGUCCGCGUAUCAUUCGGCAGCCCCGCGGGCCGGCCCAGAUGACUGGUAGUCUUCCCGGUUACGGGGACGUCACCGGUCGGUCGGUUGCGGCUUAUUGA